AUGAUCCAACGAAUGAUUGGAGCAGCGCUAUUCAAUGCCGAAACAUACGAGGAGAUCGAAGCGGAUCCGGGGGCAAUCGGACAAGCCGUACUGGUAGUGAUACUGGUCACCGUGUGCGGAGCCGUCGGCGGAGUGAUAGGAGGUCUGUUAGGCGACGCGUCGGCGCUCAAGUUGUUGCUCGGAGUAAUUGCCGGCCUGGUGUUCGGCAUUGUGCGCUGGGCAAUCUGGGUGUCCGUACUGAGCCUGGUGGGCGGGAUGAUGCUCCGGACCGGAAGCACGCAUACCAGCUGGGCGGAACUGGGUCGCGUGGUGGGUUUCGCCUACACUCCGGGCGUGCUGUCCAUUUUCAGCUUCGUGCCCUUCGUCGGGUGGCUGUUCUUCUUGGUCGGCUGGCUGUGGACUCUGGUGGCGGUGACCAUUGCGGUUCGCCAGGCGCUGGACUUCGAGUCCACGGGACGAGCCGUCGCGGUAGUGCUGCUGACAGGGGUAAUCGGGUUCAUCCCCUGGAUUAUCAUCAGAAUAAUCCAGGGGAUAGUGCUGUAG